AUGCAAACCUCCAAUUUCCCGACCGAAAAGGUCGACGCCGAGACCGCGCCCAGAUCAACAAAAGACACCGACAUCCUCCAACCACUACAAUUCCUAAUGGCCGCCCGUCGCGGCGUUCAAAUGGAUCCCUCAUUCAGUGACAUUAACAUCCCAGAAGACAGAUGUAUAAACUACAACGGUGUCUCGGGGUUCACAAAACGUUCUGGCGCACCAUUAUGGACCCGCUUUGUCGUCUGGCUAGGAUAUAUGAGCACCGCCUCCAAGAUUGGAAUGGUACUUGUGGUAUUCAUAGAGGCAAUGGAUAUAUCUAAAACCUUUCUGCGCGAGAAAAGUCCCAAAGGAGCUGUAAGAGCGGGACUCCGUCAAGAUUUUAUCUUUUCAUCAUACUGGACUGUGGGUGUGAUUGUACUCCUUUAUCUUGCGAGGGUAUAUGCCAAGCGAUAUAUGGCGGGGCUAGUACCUCCCCAUCUGAAUCCAUUGUCAUACCAGUACCAAUUCAAGAGUGCCUUGGAUGAGCGUGGGUGGCAGUACCGCGAGAUUGUGGGUCGAUCACUGAAAGAUAUGGAGCAGAUCUGGUCGAAGGAUCGGACUCAGGUUGAGAGAUUCCGGGUUGAGGGGCUUAUGGAUUCGGCCAGUAACUGUGCUUAUGAUGUUGUGGUUAUACUGCGCACGGGGGGCAAGGUUCAGAUGUCUUUUCGGGCACCAGUAGAGGCUAGUUGGUGGAGGAUUGUAUCUGGGUUUACUUCGCUCGCUUAUGUGGCCUUGAUAAUCUUCUGGCCCUCGGCGCUCCCUUACCUGCUCGCAGUCCAUGGUCUGAAUGAUCUGAGAUUCAAUGUUAUGGGACUAUGA